CCCCACCCCCACCUCACGGGUACGGGCCCUUCCCGGCCAGGAAACGCCGUGGCGCCGCGUCGGGCCUAGCUCGAUCCUACUGCCUCCCGGGAGUGCCGUGCGCCGCAGCCCGGGCCCAGGCCCCGGCAGCGCCUGGGACAAGGUCUUCAGAGCUACUGGCAGAUAAUUUGGGGGGACUUCCUAUCAGAGGUCUAUAUAAAGGAUUCCUCAUGUCCGUAACAUGUUGGCCGAGGCUCUGCAGCUCACCCCCACUCUCAGAGUGGUCAGUCUCCAUUAAUUGGACCCCGUGAUUUCCACUUUCUGCUGUGUUGGACGACAUGAGCAUUGCAAUCCCUCUGGGAGUCACCACACCAGAUACAUCCUACUCAGAUAUGGCUGCUGGGUCAGAAAAGGAAGUGGAAGCCCCCUACCUUUCAAGACGAAGUGGCACUACACCAGGAUGUGAAAGUCCAGCGAAAGAGACCCAAGGGGCCUAGGGGGCAGCACACCCCCAGAAGCCAAGUCUAUUCCAGGCAGUACCAGGGAUUAGGGUCUGGGCUGGAAAAAUCCUGGUGUUUUGAAUAUGUUCAGGUCCAGUUCAGACUCUUGAUCCCACAGCCACUUCUUGAGUGAGGUGGGUGUUGCUCUAAUUCCCCUGUUUCUCUUGCCAGUUUCAUGGUCCCUGGGGAUUCUUCCCCAUUUAGCAAAGCAAAGCAACUGUAUUAGAAUUCUGGGUGGAAUGGCAGCCCUGAUUAAUAGUGAUUUUCUUCUUUAACAUAGAAUAUUAUUAAAGGGCAUGCGUGUUUGUUUUGUGUAAUUUACUGUUUUAAAUUUCUUAAAGAGGAAAUAAAAUAUAGCUACCCUGAUAAAGUAGUAGAUCAUAUUCUGGGUAGCCUAGAAUUGAAAGCAGCGUUCAAGCUUAUUCCUAUAUAAAAAAGAAGUGGGUGGGGUUGGGGAAUGUGUUUCUUGUAGAGGUUUGUUGGGGGGUUUUUUUUUUGGGUUGUUUUGGUUUUUUGUUUUUGCAUGCCACACAGAUUUAGUUAUGCGGAUGGCUGGAACUUCGAAUUUUAAAAUUGUUUCAUAGCUGUUUCUUCAAAUAACUUAAAUUUUUUGUAUUAGUCGAUAAGAUAGCCCAGUUGUGUAGUGGUUUUUAUAAGAUGAUCAGCUACUAACCUGCUUCUGUAUGGGUUGACUAACAAACUAUAUAGACAACAUUAACAUUUGUGAGAAAUGGUCAGCAAAGAGAUUAACCAGUGAGCUGGAAUUAGUGGAUAAGAAAAAGACUCAAGGCAGUUAUUUUUAUAACUAGUAUACCCCCCAGAAUGGAUGAGAUAACUACACAUAAAUACUUUUAGGGAAUUUAGGUAUGAUUGUAGAAACAAACAUACACAUCUCACUGCAGUGGCCCAAUUAAUAGCAGCUUAUCCUAGGAUUUCCCGCAACAUUGUUAUCCUUAAUCUACAGAUAGAUUCCUGAGACUGUGGUCCCAACACAUUACACAGUUGUUAGUGUUAUUGCAAAGGGAGAGGAUGUCAAUAAUUAGAUUAAGUACCAUUCUGUUAAAUUAUUAAUGAUGAAGCAUGUGUGAUUUCACUGUUGUAAGGCACUCAAAGGUUAAACCUGGUAUUAAAAGCAGCAGACUCAACUAAGUCAGAGACCUAGACCUUACCUCAUUUUAAAUGGCAACAAUAUGCAGUGUGCAUUUUAUUUCACAUGUUUGUAGAUAUAACAGAAGAAACAAAGAAUAUUAUGCCCUUCCAACUUUUUUACAAAGGUGGCAUCACAGCAGAUUGGAGUCUGUUGUGAUUCUGGCUUUUGUGGGUGUGCCCGACCUCUCUUAAGAGUUGAAUCAGAAGAAAGGCUGCAAUUAUAUUUGCAUAAAAUGUUUGGCUAAUAAAGAGAUGCAAUCCUGAUAUCCCAAAUUUUUAAUCCAUCCGUAUUUCAAAACAUAGGUAAGAAUUCAUGUUUGUCAAGGAAUAUUCUGAGAAAUCCUGUAGCCACCUGAAAGCAUCUGGUGAUUUUAGAUUUGGCAUGCAUAGCAGUCUAUUAAAUGCUGUGCUUGAGGUAGAAAGUAUUGUGCAGUGGGAUGGCCUGUUAACCUCCACACUAUACAUUUUAUUUUUAUUCCCUAGACUUGCACAUGAAGUGCAUAUGUUCAUAUUUACCCAGUUUGGAGAUGGGUAAGAUAUAACCAACAUAGCUCCAUCUCCAUGGCCAUCUUUUAUUUCAUACAACUUUUUUUUCUGUCCCCACUCCCCAAAAAAUUCCAUUCCUAAUAAACACUGUCAUGUUUCACCCUAUGUGUUCAGUGGUACAAAAUCUCCUAUGUAAAAUAUAUACAGCUCUUUGGAAUGUACUUAUUUAUCUAGUAAUGUACCUAGUAAAUUCAGUAUGUCAUAGAAAUUCAUUACGUUGUUUUAACUGUCCAUCGUAGAAACUAAAUUCUAUCUUCAUUUUAUUAAUGCUUGUAUGCCUUCGGUUCAUUUAGGAAACUCCACCUGUUUCCUAAUAUUCAGAGUUGAUUGCCUCUCAGUGGGCCAUGUUCAGACCAUCUUUUUGUCAAGAAUACUGAUCUGCAUUCUUGAUGCCCUUCCCUGCCCCCUCGCCCAGUUCCCAUCCUGCAGACACUGUUAAGUAAUAAAAUGCAUGCACUUCACUAACAGAGAAUACUUUCCUGUGUCUAAAGUUCUUCUUCACCUAGAAAUUACCUUUGCUGUUAUUAAUAUGAUCCCUCCUCACAGUUUUGGAGCAUAUAACUGGGUGAGUUGGAUACAUAUCACUUCUCAGCUGACAUUGUGCCAUGUGAACUGCACUCUUCCUGCUAAGUACUAUAUAAUUUCUGUAUCUUCAAGCAGGAAAAAUGUUUUAUUAUUUGACUCAUAAAAGACUCAUCAGUCUCUUAAGUUUGAGUUAUACUAGUCCUUGGAGUUUCUAAUUUAUGAAUCUGUUGUGAUUAAUAUAAAAUAUAGAUAAUUGAUUAUUUAGUUCUACCAAAUCAUACAAAUCUGUUCCCUAAUUGUCUCCUUCAAAAUUUCCCCCAAACCUAGCCAGGAAACAAUCCUUCUUUCUCAAAAAUGUGAAUUUAUCCUUGCCACCUGUCUUUUUAUUAUUAAGUAAAAACUUACAUCACAUUUCUAAACUGGAAUGUACUUACAAUACUUCUAUAAUACAUUGCACUUGAAUAUUUAAUUUUUCAUCCAAGGAGGAUAUAAAAAGAUACUCACUAUGCCUGGUUAAUGAGGUCUCAGUUUGCUUUAAAUUAGGUAGAAUGUUAGCCUGGUUUCCAUGUGGGGCAUAGUGGAGAGGGCAUUGGCUUUGGAAUCAGGCAGGUGUUUCAAAUCCUGGCUUUGUCGGUGUGUUCCUUGGGGAAGUCACAUAAUCUCACUACCUUAGCUUCCCUCUCUGUCAAAAUGUGCUACUUACCAUAUUGAGUGGUUGCAAAAGUUAAUUAAAUUUAUAUAGAUUUGUGAAGCACCUCCCAGAUAGGGUGAUUCAGAAUGGUUGCCACUACUAUUAUUUGUUAAUAGACUAAUGUAACAGUUUGGUUUUGUUAUUUUAAAUAUCUGUGGUAUUAUCAUGCAGCUGUUAAAUAAUUGUGUCCUUGAUAUGCUUGCAUGUCUCUGGUGGAUGAGAAAUUACUGCUCUGAUAUCUGAAAGGUGUCUGGGGGUUCGUCAAGAUGAGAGGUGUGAUAAAUAUAAGAUGCCGUUGUUUUUACCUGUACUUUCUUCAGGGUAUCCUGUCUUGGUAGUGAAUGGAAGAGGGCCUGGUCCCUGGGGCAGUGCAGAAGGCACUUUCAUCAUCUCACUCACUGCAAAUGUCAUGUGAGGUUUCAUGGAAGUAUUAAGAGAUCCAAUUAAGAAGAAUAGUUCUGAGUCUAAACCAGCCCAGAGUGGCUUCUCUAGGGGAAACUCCCUGCUCAGCUGCCCUGAAUCUGUGGAGGCUAGUCCAGCAGUUAAUGAGAAGAGCGUGUAUUCCACUCAUAAUUAUGGGACCACUCAGAGGCAUGGGUGUCGAGGACUGCCUUAUGCUGAUCAUAAUUACGGAGCCCCUCCUCCUCCGACACCUCCUGCUUCUCCCCCUGUCCAGACGAUCAUCCCUCGUUCUGACCUGAAUGGCCUGCCGUCGCCCGUAGAGGAACGCUGUGGAGACAGCCCGAACUCUGAAGGAGAGACUGUUCCUACCUGGUGUCCUUGUGGUCUUUCUCAGGAUGGCUUCCUUCUCAGCUGUGACAAGUGCAGGGGAAUGAGCAGGGGGAAGGUUAUUAGACUUCAUCGGCGGAAGCAGGACAACAUAUCAGGUGGGGAUAGCAGUGCAACAGAAAGCUGGGAUGAGGAGCUUUCUCCUUCCACUGUGUUGUAUACAGCAACACAGCACACACCUACAAGUAUCACCUUAACUGUUAGAAGAACCAAACCCAAGAAGCGGAAAAAGAGUCCAGAAAAGGGCCGUGCAGCACCAAAGACGAAGAAAAUCAAGGCAUUUCGAGAGGGAUCCCGGAAGUCCUUGCGGAUGAAGAAUUCUCCCUCUGAAGCACAGAAUUUAGAUGAGAAUACAACUGAGGGCUGGGAAAACCGGAUAAGACUAUGGACUGAUCAGUAUGAAGAAGCUUUUACUAAUCAGUACAGUGCAGAUGUACAGAACGCCCUUGAACAACAUCUACAUUCUAGCAAGGAGUUCGUGGGCAAACCUGCUAUUUUAGACACUAUUAAUAAGACUGAACUGGCCUGUAAUAAUACAGUGAUCGGUUCCCAAAUGCAGUUACAGCUGGGAAGAGUCACUCGUGUUCAAAAGCACCGGAAGAUACUGAGGGCUGCAAGAGAUUUGGCUUUGGACACUCUCAUAAUAGAAUAUCGUGGGAAAGUCAUGUUACGGCAGCAAUUUGAGGUCAAUGGGCAUUUCUUCAAAAAACCAUACCCCUUUGUGCUCUUCUACUCAAAAUUCAAUGGUGUGGAGAUGUGUGUGGAUGCCCGUACUUUCGGUAACGAUGCUCGGUUCAUCAGGAGAUCAUGUACACCAAACGCAGAGGUGCGACACAUGAUUGCAGAUGGGAUGAUUCACCUGUGUAUCUAUGCUGUGUCUGCCAUCACCAAGGAUGCUGAGGUCACCAUAGCAUUUGAUUAUGAGUACAGUAACUGUAAUUACAAAGUGGACUGUGCAUGUCACAAAGGAAACCGGAACUGCCCUAUACAGAAAAGAAAUCCCAAUGCUGCAGAACUGCCCCUGCCACCUCCUGCAAGCCUGCCUACCGUCGGAGCGGAGACCAGACGGAGAAAAGCACGACGGAAGGAGCUCGAGAUGGAGCAGCAGAGUGAGGCUGCAGGGGAGGCGAGUGACCAGCACCCCCAAGAAGUUCCAGAAAAAAUCACUGUGUCGAGUGACCACGAGGAAAUAGACAAUCCAGAAGAAAAGCCAGAAGUAGAGAAAGAAGAGGUUGCAGAUGACCAGGAGAGUGCAACUCACAGUAGGAGGACCCGGGAGGACAGAAAGGUUGAAGCCAUCAUGCAUGCUUUUGAAAACUUAGAGAAGCGAAAGAAACGGCGAGAUCAGCCCUUUGAACAGAGCAGCUCUGAUAUAGAGGUCACGGCCACUGUCUUGGGGACUCCUUUGGGAGAAGAAACAAAAACUGAAGCCCCUGAAGUUGAAGCUAGCAACCCUGCUUCAAACAUUGCUGUCCCAAGCAUCUCACAGACUGUUGGUGUGAACACCCGGAGGUCUUCCCAAGCAGGGGAUAAUGCUGCUGAAAAACCAGUCCCCAAACCACCUCCAGCAAAGCCUUCUAGGCCCCGACCGAAGAGCCGAAUUUCUCGGUACCGGACCAGUUCAGCCCAAAGAUUGAAGCGGCAGAAGCAAGCCAGUGCACAGCAGGCAGAGUUGUCACAAGCUACCCUGGAAGAGGGUGGAAAUAACAGUUCAGUAACUCCUGCUGAGUCUGGAAGUAUAGACAGUUCAGGAGAAAACAGGCAGUUAACAGGCUCUGACCCAACUGUGGUAUCACUUACUGGAUCCCAUGCCAACCGUGCUGCAUCUAAAUACCCUAAAACCAAAAAGUAUUUAGUUACAGAAUGGUUGAAUGACAAAGCAGAGAAGCAAGAGUGCCCUGUUGAGUGCCCUUUACGUAUCACCACGGACCCAACUGUACUGGCCACGACCCUGAACAUGCUCCCAGGCCUUAUUCAUUCCCCAUUAAUUUGCACCACCCCUAAACACUACAUUCGCUUUGGCUCGCCCUUUAUGCCUGAGAGGCGUCGGAGGCCCCUUCUGCCUGACGGCACGUUCAGCUCCUGUAAAAAGCGUUGGAUGAAACAAGCCUUGGAGGAAGGAAUGACUCAAACAUCAUCUGUAUCCCAAGAGACUAGAACUCAGCACCUAUACCAAAGUAAAGAGAAUAGUAACUCUUCCAGCAUCUGCAAAGACAAUGCAGACUUGGUGAGCCCAUUGAAGAAAUGGAAGUCUCGCUAUUUAAUGGAGCAGAAUGUCACCAAGUUACUUCGACCUCUGUCUCCAGUCACACCACCCCCUCCCAGUUCAGGCUCAAAGAGCCCCCAGCUGACCACACCUGGCCCAUCUAAUCCAGGAGAAGAGGAGUGUCGGAAUGGAUACAGCCUCAUGUUCUCGCCAAUCACAUCCCUUACUACUGCUAGUCGCUGCAACACUCCUCUGCAGUUUGAGAACAUAUCCUCCCCUGAGAGUUCCCCUGCGCAUAGGCCCGAGUCCCUGUCACCCGAGCUUUGUCACCGAAAAGACCUGGAGUUGACAAAAGUAGGAUACCUUGACUCCAACACUAACAGCUGUGCUGACAGACCUUCCCUGCUCAACUCCGGUCAUCCUGACCUGGCUCCUCAUCCUGCCGUUGGACCCGCUUCUGAAACUGGCUUCCCAAGCAGGAGUGCGGAUGGACACCAGACACUUGGGAGAAACUCAGACCAGGGGUUUCGGACAGAGUUCAACUUGAUGUAUGCCUACUCCCCUUUGAACGCUAUGCCGCGAGCAGAUGGAUUGUAUCGAGGUUCUCCCCUUGUGGGAGACAGGAAGCCUUUACAUUUGGAUGGGGGAUAUUGUUCCCCUGCAGAAGGGUUUCCCAGCAGAUAUGAACAUGGCUUUAUGAAAGACCUCUCUCGUGGAUCCAUGUCUCCUGGUGUCGAAAGGGCCUGUGAAGGAGUCCCCUCUACCCCCCAGAACCCACCACAGAGGAAGAAGGUGUCCCUGCUGGAGUACCGCAAACGGAAACAAGAAGCCAAGGAGAAUUCUGGGGGAGGUGACUCUGCACAGAGCAAGAGCAAGUCUGCAGGAGCUGGGCCAGGCAGCAGCAGCUCUGUGUCUGACACUGGUACCCAUGGUGUGCAGGGAUCCUCAGCCCGAACCCCAUCUUCCCCUCACAGAAAAUUCUCCCCAUCUCAUUCCUCUAUGUCCCAUUUGGAGGCCGUCAGCCCAUCUGAUUCCAGAGGCGCUUCAUCAUCUCACUGCAGACCUCAAGAGAAUAUCAGCAGUAGAUGGAUGGUCCCCACGUCAGUAGAACGACUUCGAGAAGGAGGGAGCAUCCCCAAAGUCCUCCGAAGCAGUGUGAGGGUGGCCCAAAAGGGAGAGCCCUCUCCUACGUGGGAGAGUAGCAGUGCAGAGAAAGAGUCAGACCCUGCCGAUGGAGAAGGCCCAGAGACACUGAGUUCAGCACUCUCCAAAGGAGCAGCCGUUUACAGCCCUUCCAGAUACAGCUACCAGCUCCUGCAGUGUGACAGUCCACGGACAGAGUCCCAAAGCCUCCUUCAACACAGCUCCUCCCCCUUCAGAGGACCCCCCACCCAGUCUCCAGGAUACAGUUACCGAACUGCUGCACUGAGACCUGCACACCCCACCUCGCAAAGCUCUUCAGAGUCCUCCCUCUCUUCCACGACCUAUUCCAGCCCCGCCCACCCUGUGUCCACAGACUCAAUGGCCCCAUUUACGGGGACACCAGGGUGUUACAGCAGCCAGCAGCAUUCUGGAAACAGCACUGGCAGCAGUCUUCCGAGGAGGAGCUGUCCUUCUAGUGCUGCUAGCCCUGCCCCACAGGGCCCCUCAGACUCUCCACCCUCAGACUCUGUCUCUCAGUCCAGCACAGGAACUCUGAGUUCCACCUCCUUUCCUCAGAACUCUAGGUCAGCAUUGCCGUCAGACUUGCGGACUAUCAGUCUGCCCAGUGCCGGGCAGUCAGCUGCCUACCAGGCCUCCAGGGUAUCUGCGGUUUCCAAUUCACAGCACUACCCACACCGAGGGAGUGGGGGUGUGCAUCAGUACCGACUCCAGCCACUGCAAGGGUCGGGAGUCAAGACUCAGACAGGACUUUCCUAGGGCUUCUGGAUUUGGGCAAACAGAACUGAAUGAGCCCAUAGCUGCUUCCUUCCAGCUGCCUCUGGAACCUAGGCCGAGCAUAUUGCUGGGGAAGGGAGGGGGUACAAAGUGCCAGAGGAUUGGGUCUGGUCAACAAGAAACAAGACUUGUGGUUGCAGCUGGCCUCUGGCCUUGGAGAAAGAUGGAAAUCUUGUCUGAAGCAGAGACUACAAAGAAGUUUCUCCCUGCUGUCGAGGGUACAUUGUUGACAAGCAAAUGGCGUCUCGGUUAGUUACGGUUCUAAGUGCAAUGAGUUGUGUUGGAGCCUCUGUCUCCCAUCCUUGCCUGUAGCCUGUAGUCACUUGUGCAGUGAGGAUAUCUUUUUAAAUAAAAGGAAAACAUUUUCUUUUCAAAGGAAAAAAAAAAAGUGAAAAGAGCCAAUCUCAAAGCCCCAAGCCAUCUGAGUAGUG